GAAGCUCUCGACCCGUCAAAACUUUCCACAUAGGGUUACCACCCCCUAUGACCUAGAGUUACCACCCCCUAGGGUUUUCUACCUGCCUAACCGCAGCUAGGACUUUCCUGAAACACUAAAUUAAGUACCUUAGAUCACAAAACAGCUUAACUUUGAAUUCCUUUGCCAUUAUCAAAACAACGGUCGAUCGUCGGAUGCUUCCCGCACCAACAGUUUCUGCAAAGCAUAUCUAUUUAUCUUGGAAGUUUCAGGGUUUGAGUGUGUGAUUAUCUUUUGGAUUAUUUAGGUAUUUGACAGUGGUGAUAUUCAAGAAACCUGUAAUUUAAUAUAACUAUCUAAAAGGUAUUAAAGCAUUUUAUAUGAGGCUCAACGAUAACCAAAAGACAGUAGUGGCUAUAGACGUGCUUGUGCCCAAGGUUGGUGAGCUGAUUGGAAGAAGCCAAAGAGAGGCACGUUUAGACAUUCUCGUAAAAAGAAUCGAAGAUGCAGGGUUGCCACUUGAGCCUUAUGAAUGGUACCUUGAGCUCCGCCCUUUUGGCACUGUCAAACACAGUGGGUUUAGCUUAGGGUUUGAGCGAAUGAUUCUUUUUGCUACCGGCAUCGACAACAUCCGAGAUGCUAUCCCCUUUCCAAGAUUUCCAGGAGGGCUGAUCUUUGGUUACUCUAUCAGACUCCCUUUUCUGAACUUUCACCCAGAGAAUCUUAGUAUCUAGAAUAGCUAUUUUUUUUUUAAUCAAAUAUAAGAAUUCAUUUUGCUACGUUAUACAAAUGCUUAUACUUCAUCUCUCUUAUUUUGGGAAGGCAGAAAGUUUAAUGUUGUUUUGUAAAAAAUGGAAACAUAUUUCUGUAAAAAAGUAGGCCUCAGGCUAUCAUUAGUUCAAAUUAAAUCAAAUGCAAUUGAAAUUUAUAAUUCAGUUAA